AUGACAGAACCUGGGUUGCGUCAGACUGCAGGUACUUCCGCUCAAGACCCUGGUGAUCUCGAGAUAAGGCUAGAGAACACUCUCCCAUCAUCGACGACACAAUCGAAACUUGGCAGCCAAGAUCCUAUAUCAUAUUUGUAUCUGACUCUUGACACUCCAUUGCCAACAGUUCCUUCAUACCAUGGACAAAGCUCUGCUGCCAACACUGAUCUGCCACAAUGUCCAGAUCUACGACCGUACGCAUCCCCCUUUACCAUGCCGCGGGCACGGAAGAACAUCAUGCUUGCGCUGUCGUGUAUUGCCACCAUGCUCACGGCAUACACAGCUGGAACUUAUUCACCCCCCUCCCGAGCAAUGGCUAGGGAUAUAGGAGCAAGUCAUACCGCAACACUUGUUGGAAUCACAACCUUCUGCGCGGGCUUUGCCUUUGCGCCCAUGGCCCUCGCCCCCAUUUCCGAGAUCUGGGGUCGACGACCAGUUUUUAUCCUGGCUGGUUUUGUCUUUGUCAUCUUCCAAGCCGUCUGCUCUGUCAUGCCAAACUUGGUUGGCAUGCUGAUCGCUCGCUUCUUCGUUGGUGUCGGUGGUUCUGUCUUUAGUUCAGUCGUCGGCGGAGUCAUCGCUGACCUCUGGGAAAAGGAAGAGAGAAACACACCCAUGGCCCUGUUCAGUGGUUUUGUGCUCUUCGGUACUGGACUUGGACCCUUGGUGGCAGCUGCUUUCGUCAACGACCUGGAAGACGAUACCCUGGCUUGGAAAUGGUCGUUCUGGCAUCAAGUCAUCUUGGAUGCGCUACUGUUGGUUGCUAUCGUGGUGCUCUUCAAAGAGACUCGGGGCUCAGUGUUGCUGUCACGGAAGGCUAAGAAGCUAAACGAGUGGUACCAGAAACUGGAGGACGCAGGCGUUUACGGAGUCUGGGUUACUGAUGCCCAGGAACACUCCAGCAACAGCUCAUCUGCGUCAAGCGUCGAGACAUUGGCGGAACACGAUACGAAAAUCGAGUACGAACAGCGAAGCAGCCUACGAAGGAUUCGGUGGCUUGUGGAAGCUGACGAACAGCGACCUCCUCUUCUGCAGAUGAUGGCCACUUCAGUCAAGAGGCCUUUCUAUCUCCUCUUCACCGAGCCCGUCGUCUUUUCCUUCUCUCUUUGGGCCGCAUUCUCGUGGGCCGUCCUCUACCUGUCUUUCUCUGUCGUGCCAUAUUUGUACGCGGACAACUAUAACAUGUCUAUGCGUAUCUACGUGGCAAUGAUGAUUUCGGCCAUCGUUGCAACAACAGUGGGUAUCCUUCAGGAGAAUCUCAUGAAGCACCCUCUCUGGUCUGGCCCUUAUCACGAGAAAGAAGUAUCUAAAUUCUGGCGGUUCAUGAGAAAGCACUUUCCUGCAGACUCUCCCGAGGCUCGACUGUACUUUUCGUGUAUGACAUCGCUUCUUCUACCCGCGGGCUUGUUCGUUGCGUUCCUGAGUCCCGCCAGUACGAGUCACUACACGCAGGCCAUCGGAAUUGGUUUUGCGAACUGGGGUAUUUACUCUGUGUAUCUUGCCACAUUCAAUUAUCUUGCCGAUACAUACCACAUGUAUGCCUCGUCAGCACUCGCUGCACAGAGCUUCAGCCGCAAUGUGCUGGGCGGGAUAUUCCCGGUCUUGACUGGAAUAAUGUUUGACAAUCUUGGACUGAGAACUGCAGGAUGUGUGUUGGGAGGCAUUGCAUCUGUUUUGACGCUUGUUCCAUGGGUCCUCAUGAUUUUCGGAAGCAAAAUUCGAGCGAGAAGCAAGUUCGCAAUUUCUUUGCAAAAGUAA